AUGAUCAUUUCGCUGCAAGCCGUUUAUUCUCCUCAUUCGCACUUUCCCCUUUCGGAAACCUCACUCACGCUUCUAGAAUCUUCUCUUCUAUACACAAACCCAAUUCCUUCAUGUGGAACACUCUCAUCCGCGCCCAACAACAACCCCACAAUUCUAUCUCCCUUUACAUCUCUAUGCGUAGACUUGGUGUCUUGCCUGGUCCACACUCAUGUGCUUAAAUUCGGACUGGACUUAGAUUGUCACGUGGCUAACGGUUUGGUAAGAGGUUAUUCUGUUUCUGGUGAUUUGGUUGAUGCCCGUCACGUGUUUGAUGAAAUUCCGAUGAAAAGUUUGAGUCUUUGGACCACUAUGAUUUGUGGGUAUGCUCAGAAUUUUUGUCACAACGAGGCGUUGAAUCUUUUCGAGGGGAUGAUUGUUGGUGGGUUUGAGCCUAAUGGUGCCACCUUGGCUUCAGUAUUGUCGGCUUGUGCGCGCUCUGGAUGUCUUGAGCUUGGCGAAAGGAUUCAUGAGUUUAUGAGAGUGAAAGGGGUUGAAGUGGGCGUUAUUCUUGGGACAGCAUUGGUUUAUAUGUACGCGAAGAAUGGGUCAAUUUUGAUGGCGGGGAAGUUAUUUGAUGAAAUGAGCGAGAGGAAUGUUGUUACUUGGAAUGCUAUGAUAUGUGGUUUAGCUUCACAUGGACAUGUUGAAGACGCUCUUAGUUUAUUUGAGAGUAUGAAAAAGGAUGGGACUGUUGUUCCUAAUGAUGUCACCUUCAUUGGGGUCUUAUCUGCGUGUUGUCAUGCAGGUUUGAUAGGUGUCGGUCACAAAGUUUUUUGUUCGAUGAAGGAUGUGCAUGGAAUUGAACCAAAGAUUGAGCACUAUGGGUGCAUGGUUGAUCUUCUUGGGAGAGGAGGUAAGUUGCUGGAGGCAGAGGAAAUGAUAAAAAGGAUGCCGUGGAAACCUGACGUGGUUAUUUUGGGAUCUUUGUUGGCAGCUAGCAAGAAUAAUGGAAACACUGAGGUUGCUGAAAGAGUAGUGAAAGAAAUUCUUACUCUGGAACCUCAUAAUCACGGAGCUCAUGUUGCUUUGUCGAAUAUGUACGCAGAGGCUGGACAAUGGCAAGAAGUUUUGAGACUGAGGAAGACAAUGAAAGAAGAGAAGGUCAAGAAAGCUCCCGGAUGGAGUCUUGUUGCCACUUAAUUGAGUUUCUGAAAUGGCUUGUAUGUGGCAGAUACUUAUCAUUUUUGGAAAAGAAUUGGAUAUUUUAUUCUUAGAAAAAAAAGGAGAGGGAUUGAUUUAUUAUCAUCAUCUAAACUUACCCAGUUCAACUAUUAACCGAUUUAAAAAUCUUGUUCAACCAAUUCUGCUGUUCUGAAAAUAGUUAAGUUGCUUACUGAAGAAAUGGUUCCACACUGCUGCUUUAUAAUGAAGUUGUAUCCUAACAAUUUGGCAAGUGACCGGUAUUUCCUUCGUUGUUGCAAGCACAUGAUUAUGUUACUGGAGUCCAGCGGUUAUUUAUGCAAAAGCAGUUGAUAAGUCAAUGAUACUAGUGCUAAAUGUUGAAGUCCCUCCUGUCAGCUGAGAAACUCAUGAGGUUACCAUUGCUAAUCAAUCCCCAAUUUGCCUGCAAUUGAUGGACCUAAAGUAUAUUUCUGAAAAACUUCCUCUCAUAUCAUUUGGUGUUUCUGCUGCAUAUAUACAGAUACUCAGUGAAGCUACAUUAUAAUAUGAAAGCAUGAAAGAGCUACAUUAAGCAAUUGAGUAGAUGCAUCUUCCCAAUGUUCAGCGAAGAUAUCAGAGUUCCAUCCUUGUCUUGGCUUGUGAUUAUUAACAUGCAUGCAUCUUCCCAAUGUUGUAGACCAGAUUUUUCUGGUAUCUUAUAGUUCUUGGUUCCAAAUCGUUAUUCCAUAUUAUAAGUCGAAAACCCUAAGAGACUGUUUGAGUUAAGAAUUUUAAAAUAUUAAUGUAUUUAUAUAGAGGAUUCAAAAUGAAUUGUGCCAAAUACCUUAUUUGGAAUUUUGGAUUUUAAAUCCAUGGAAUCUAAAAAUGCUGGGAAUUAUAUGGGGAGUUUUUUUUCUCCAAAUAAAUGAGAAUAUAAGUUAGUAUUUGUAACAUUCUCCAUCUCGGAGCAUUUAUGUUGAGUAAUAGAUCUUGAAUCAAGACUUGUUGCACACAUUACAAGCCUCCUUCACUAAUUUCUUCUUAUUUGUCUAGUGCUGGAGUUGUUCACUUUGAUUCAAUCUAGGGGAGUUCUGUUUGAGGACACAUGAGUUUUUUGAGCUUUAUGGGGUUUGUAUUGCAAGUGGUAUUUUGCCUUUACCCUUAUUGUUGUCUUUUGGGUUAUUAUAGCUACUAUUGUUUCCCUGAAAAUAUUCAUGCACUUCUUUGGUGAUGAUAGGGAAGUUAGUGCUGAUGCGGUUACUGGACCAACAUUUUGGAGUGUGUCAGUAUUAGAGGAGGUUUUAGGAGAGAGAAGGAAACUAUAGGGGGAAGUCAAUUAUUGUAAUGGGGGAACAGUUAUUUGAGAAUGGGCCGGUUAUGUCCUGUGUUUAGUUUUAAAUAAUCUUAGGAAGUUAUGAGAUCUUUUAUUAUGGUGUAUUUUCUGGUUUAUGUUAGGCAGAGAGCUACAUAGCACUCUGAAAGAGCAUUGUGCUCUGGGUAAUAAGUAACCACUGUAAUUGAUUAUUGCGUACUACGUAAGUGUACAUUCUGUUUUUUUAUUAGGUGACUGCAAGCUGUUAUUACCAAGGCAUUCCCGUAAUUGGAGACUAUAUAACCAAGGAACAAGUGUAUGGAUGUGGAUUUGAGAUAGCUCAGUAGGCACCCUAUACUCCCUAUACACAAUAGUAUUUGGUAUGCUCUCUGUUUGUAAAUCACAGUCCUAAUUUCUCUAAGACAUCUUGAGUCUUAAUGGCUCUCAUGGUUACUACCUAUAAAUGUUUUGGAUUUCAAGCUUCCAGUGAUCCAUUUUUUUACAAUCAUGGUUGUCUUAAUAAUUUUUUGGAAUUAUCUACCUGAACAUUAGGGCCUUCAAGGAACAAUGCUCAAGCUCAAGUUAUGGUUAAAGGAGAGUAAAGAGGUCACUUCAGUCAUAGCUUGAAACACCUUGGGACAAGGUUUCUUAUCUUAUGGCCGACAGUAUUAGGAUGUCAAGUUUGGGCCUAAGCCCAAUGAAGGGGCUGGAUAGGGAAGUAGGGUAGAAUUACUUAUAUGGUAGAUAGUUGGGGUAGGCAGCCAAAUAUAGGGGAGGAGAAAAUGCAAAGGGAAUCAUUCUGGUAGUUUUCGGUUAGAACAUUAUUAUAGGGCAGGGGGAGUAUCACUCAUCUCUUGGGAGCAAUAGCUCUGGGGUUACAGAGUUUUUCUUUUGUAUUACAACUGGUUUUCUAAUCAAUAAUACUAUUUCUAUUUCUCUUAACUUUGGGUUUCUGUGGGUGUUCUUUUUGUGAUUGGGUUGCAAUAUUUUCUGUGAUGGUGGAGACAUCAGGUUUCCGAAUCUCUGUUUUCGAUUUCAUUUCACGCCAUCAAUUAUUUUGGUUGUAUGUUUAUUGAUGCUUUGUAAUUGUACUUGAACUAUUAAAGUCCUCAAGAGUUUGUUCUGAUCUGAAAUGGGGUUGAGUCUUGCUAUGAUUGCAGAUAGGAGUUUGUUGAACACUACAAAUGAAGAGAUUUUAGGGAUUCCAUUCAAUGUAAUGUUUCAUAUGGGCGUGAUUGAUUGCUAUUUAUCUCUAUGUUGGUUUGUAUAUUUAAGGUCUUGGGAUGCAUGUGGUGAUUGAGCUGUCAGCUGUUCAUGGAUUACUGCUUUAUUUGUGGGAUGUGCUAGGGAAAUUUAUGACAGUGCACCCCGCACUUUGAAGUGAGCAGGGAGUGCACCACCAUCCAAGGCCAACAGAAUCUUGCCAUGCUCACGAAUAACACCAACAGUCCCACAUUCAAACUUACAACUGGAGCAUACCUCUGUUGGGCACCAUUGGAUGUUAUAUAUACG